AUGCCCUCCCCCAGAACCAAAAACCGAACUCUCAUCCUCGACCUCGGCGACGUCCUUUUCCACUACGCCGUCCGCGAAAUCACUGCCGUCCCCCCCUCGACAUUCAAAGCCAUGAUCAAAUCCCCCGCCUGGGCUGAUCUCGAAUGCGGCCUUGUGACCGAAGACUACGCCGUCCAACGGAUGAGCACAGACCUCUCCCUCUCCCUACCCACCAUCCGCUCCGCACUAUCUCAAUGCCGAAGCCUACUACGCGUGGACCACGAGCUCUUUGCCCGCCUCGUCGCGCUGAAGAGAGAGCACGGGCUGUUGAACGUCGUGGCCAUGACGAAUAUUUCCAAGGGCGAUUUCGCGCGGCUCAAGGUGUUGUGUCCGCGGUGGGAUGAGCUGUUUGAUGGCGAGUUCACGUCGUUUGGGGCGGGCAAGAUUAAGCCGGAUUUGGGGUAUUAUCAGCACGUGAUUGAUAGUGUUGGGCUGGUUGAUCCGACGGAGGCGGUGUUUGUUGAUGAUAAGCUCGUGAAUGUGGAUGCGGCGCGGUCGUUUGGGAUACAUGGUAUUGUGUUUGAAUCGCCGGAUGGAGUUAUUGAGCAGCUUCGUGGUCAGCUGAUGGGUGAUGGUUCAACUCUCGUGUUGGAGGCGGCUUGA